GCCAUGGCCAUGGACUAGAGAUGAAAACCACAAGUCAAACUCCAAUCUCUAAUCGAAAGAGACGAUGGCGGAUACACUCGCUGCUCUUAGGUCUUUAAUGUCCUCUCACUCUCCUUCUCUUCAUGCUCUGAUUAUUCCUUCCGAAGAUUAUCAUCAGAGCGAAUAUGUAUCGGCACGGGACAAAAGACGCGCAUUUGUUUCUGGAUUCACCGGAAGUGCUGGUUUGGCGCUUAUAACCAUGGAUGAAGCACUUUUAUGGACCGAUGGCAGGUAUUUCUUACAAGCAGCUCAGCAGCUCAGUGACCAGUGGAAGCUCAUGCGUAUGGGAGAAGAUCCUCCCGUUGAUAUCUGGAUGGCCAAUAAUCUACCAAAGGAUGCGGCCAUUGGUGUGGAUACGUGGUGUGUAUCAGUAGAUACUGCACAGAAAUGGGAGUGUGCUUUUGCUAAGAAACAACAAAAGUUGGUACAAACAACUAGAAACUUGGUUGAUGAUGUUUGGAAAAAUCGGCUACCUGCCCAAGCAAAUCCUGUAAUUGUGCAUCCGUUGCAAUUUGCUGGUCAGUCUGUUGCAGAGAAGUUGAAAGAAUUGAGGAAAAAGCUUGUAAUGGGGAAAGCUUGUGCUAUUAUUAUAACAGCGCUUGAUGAAGUUGCAUGGUUAUAUAAUGUCCGUGGCAGUGACGUAUCAUAUUGCCCAGUUGUUCAUGCAUUUGCGAUUGUGACUAUAGAUUCAGCCUUCUUCUACGUGGAUAAGCAAAAAUUGUCUCCUGAGGCAAACUCUUACAUGGAAGAAAAUGGAAUUAUGGUGCGGGAUUAUGGUGAUGUUAGCUCAGAUGUGGUCCUCCUUGCAUCUGAUCAACUCACUUCUUGCUCCUCAACUAAGGGGUCUAAAGGGAACCCAAAGAUUGAUGUUAGAAAUGCCACUUAUGUAGGAAAUAGUGAUAGUCAUGCUGCUGAGUUUGUAAAUGACCUCAUUUGGGUUGAUCCUGGAGCAUGUUGCUUCGCUUUGUAUUCUAAAUUGAGUGCUGAUAAAGUUCUCCUUCAGCAAUCACCUUUGGCCCUUGCAAAAGCUCUGAAGAACCCUGUUGAGAUAGAAGGAUUAAAGAAGGCCCAUUUUCGGGAUGGGGCAGCUGUUGUGCAAUAUCUUGUCUGGCUUGAUAAGCAGAUGCAGGAAAUAUAUGGAGCAUCUGGUUAUUUCAUGGAGGCUGAGAGUACCAAACAGAAGAAACAACUGGGGACUAAAAGACUGACAGAAGUCUCUGUGAGUGAUAAGCUGGAGGAGUUCCGUGCAUCAAAGGAGCAUUUUAGAGGAUUAAGUUUCCGAACUACCUCUUCUGUUGGCUCAAAUGCAGCCAUUAUCCACUAUAAACCUGAGGCAGAAACAUGUGCUGAACUCGAUCCAGAUUGUAUUUACCUAUUCGAUUCUGGAGCACAGUAUCUGGAUGGAACAACUGAUAUUACACGGACUAUUCAUUUCGGAAAACCUUCUCCACAUGAGAAAUCUAGUUACACGGCGGUUCUUAAAGGACAUAUAUCUUUGGGAAACGCCAGGUUUCCUAACGGAACCAAUGGGCAAGCUCUUGACAUUCUUGCUCGAAUUCCUUUGUGGAAAGAUGGUCUUGACUAUAGGCAUGGUACUGGACACGGGAUCGGGUCUUACUUAAAUGUACAUGAAGGACCUCAUAAUAUUAGUUUCAGGCCAUCUGCACGGGAUGUGCCGCUACAAGUUUCAAUGGCUGUAACAGAUGAACCUGGUUAUUAUGAAGACGGGAACUUUGGUAUAAGAAUAGAGAAUGUUCUUAUUGUCAAGGAGGGCCAUACGAAGUUCAACUUCGGCAAUAAGGGCUACUUAUCAUUUGAGCAUAUAACUUGGGCACCAUACCAGAGGAAACUAAUUGACGUGAGCCUUCUGAUUCCUGAAGAGAUUGAAUGGUUAAAUGAAUACCAUGCAAAAUGUAGGGAAAUUCUUACUCCUUACCUGAAUACAUCUGAGAUGGAAUGGCUGAAGAAGGCUACCGAACCCAUUGCAGCUUGACAUGCCUCAUUUGUUAGGGGAUUGGAGUUGAGGUUAAUCAAAGGCUACUGAUCCUUUUCCAGCUUAAGCCCUUCAUCAUAUGUAGUUAAAUCAUAAAGAUGCGACAAGUCUAUGCUGCGUUUCGACGGAGUUAAUACCGUAACUCA